AUACCAUCGCCGUCUCCGGCAGCAAGCACACCACGCAUUACAUUACCGCAAAAACAGCGUCAGCGCGAACAAGAGAAGCGCAGGACAAGAAGCUAGCAGCAGCAGCAGCAGCAGCACACAGGCGGCGACCAAGACGAAAUGGGCCUGUGUGUGUCGUACGACGCGGCGGCCGACGGCCCGGCAACCGCGAGGGUGGUGCUCCCCAGCGGCGAGCUCAGGGAGUACUCGCCGCCCGCAACAGCCGCGCUGGCGCUGGAGGAGGUGGCCCAUCAGGGGUGGUUCCUGUGCGACGCCGACAGGAUGGGGUUCGCGGGCUCCGUCGCGGCGAUGGCCGCCGGUGAGCAGCUCCAGCCGGGGCAGAUCUACUUCGUGCUCCCCGCAGAGAUGCUGCGACGCUGCCUCACCGGCGAGGAGGUGGCCUCGCUUGCCGUCAAGGCCAGCGCCGCCCUCGUUAAGGCCGCCACCGCCUCGUCUGCCGGCGGCCGGCGCCGGCGGGGCUCGGUGACGCCGCUCGUGUUUGCACCAUCCGAGGAGGACUACUCGAACGAAACCUUGGCGAAAUUUCCAGUGAAGCCGGCGGUGCCGCAGAAGCGGAGGGUGGCCUACCGAGGCGGGAGGUCGCCGCCGCGGUUCUCGCCCGACUUAACCGCCAUUUUGGAGAGCGAGUAGAGGUGCAGGGCACACGAGACUGACAGUAAAAAAAGGGCGCAUUUUUGCACAUAGCCCUGCGCCGAGUAGCCGCGAGAGGUGCGUGGUUUCGGCCGCUGAUGUUAGAUCGGACGGCGGAGAUUGACGCGGCAAAUGAUUGUCAAGUUGGGUGGUAGAAGCAGUCGCGUUUCACUGUUUUGGGCGUUGUUAAUUUAGACGUCAGAGAAACAGGAGGGAAUGCACAUACAGACAUGUAAAUGUGAAUACUGUAUAAAUGCUUA